AUGAGAGGCUCCUCCUGCGAACCCGCACAGAACACCGGUUCAUCCCGACUAACACCUGCUUCCACCUACCAACGUGUGGGGGCAACCUGGAUGCACCUUCGGUCGCGACAGGGGCACCUGCUGGACUACGUCCUCGUCCAGAGAGGAGACCAGCAGGUUGUGCUAGUGAAAAGGCGAUUCCGGGUGCUGACGGGUAAACCGACCAUCGUCUCGUCAUCACCGAUAUGCAGAUUUGUCUCCGGCCACGCAGGAGACCUCAAGACAAGCACCCCCAGGUCAGAUAAAUAUUGCUUUGUUGUCAUUGCCCGCCCACCAUCUCCACUUCAGCAGUGAGCUCGAUCAACGACCAGCCAACCUUCCAGUCGCCGCCUCCGCCGCCAUCGAGGAGAACGCCUCCGUUGGGAACCGAUGGUGCCAGCUCGGGGAGACAGUCCUGCCGACGGCUCUGACUGUCCUCGGUCGCGCACGCUGCCUCCAUCAAGGCUGGUUCGAUAACGACGCUACCAUCAACAACCUGCUCGUCAAGAAGAACCACCUGCACAAAUCCUACGGCAACUUCCCUACUGACGACAACAAAGCAGCGUUCUACCGUAGUCUCCGCCUUGUGCAACAGCGGCUGCGAGAGAUGCAGGACACUUGGACGGCUCGCAAGGCCGAGGAGAUCCAAGGGUAUAUGGACCGCAACGAUUGGAAGAACUUCUUCGUCGCGAUGAAGGCUGUGUACGGUCCUACAAUCAAAGAUAUUACUCCUCUUCUCAGCGCCCACGGAACCACGCCACUCGCUGAGAAGACACAGAUCCUACAGCGUUGGGCCGAGCAUUUAAGAGGCGUCCUCAACCGUCCCUUCACCAUCUCCGACGCCACCGUCGCUCGUCUGCCGCAAGUGGAGAUCUCUCCAGCGGGAGAGCAUUCGGAUCAGAUACGAUUCCCGCUGAGCUCUACAAGGACGGCAGUCCGCAACUCAUGGAUUAUCUGA